AUGCGUUUCCUCACCACCAUCCUGAGUACUACCCUAAGUCUCCUCACACUCAGCUCCGCCGCCGCCACCAUGAACACGACAAACGGACUCGGCACGACGCCCGCCCAGCGCCACAUCAUCUCCGCCGCCCAAGCCCAAACCAUCAUCACAGGCGCCACCGCCAACGCAACGGCGCUCCAGAUACCCGAAAACAUCGCCAUAGUCGACCCUUCGGGCCUGCUCGUCGCCUUCCACCGCAUGGACAACGCGUUCCUGGGCUCCAUUGACAUUAGCCAGAAGAAGGCAAGGACGGCUGUCUUGUUCAACGGCGUGUAUGCGAGUGCGGACUUGUAUGCGGCGGUGCAGCCUGGUGCGCCGCUGUAUGAUGUGCAGAAUACGAAUGGCGGGUUGAUUGCCUUUGGGGGUGGUCUGCCCAUUUACGUUGAUGGUAUCUUGAUUGGGGGCGUGGGUGUUAGUGGAGGUAGUGUGGAGCAGGAUUUGAGUGUUGCGAAUGCUGGUGUGGAGGCGCUAGGUGCGACCACGAAGGCGUAG